UAAGGGUAUUAAUAAAUAAGUAUUGAUUGUAUAUUGGUAAUCAUUUAAUUACUUGUAUGAGUAUACAAGCAGACUGUAUGAAGUGUAACUAGAUCACAGGAUGUAGGAUGUGGAUGGGAAAACACAUUGCGAGUAAAGCUGGAAGUUAGACCACAUCGACUUCCUGUGCAGUAGGGUUAACGACGGAUGUCGCGGUGACAAAUAAUAUUACUAAAGAUGACACUUGGAAUAAUUGUCAGGGGGCGAUGAGUCGUAUAUCCUAUGACGCAUGAAUGAUGUCAAGCAAUCGCUUGUCAGUUUAGAAAACGAAAGCUGAUAAUAAGAUGAUCGUCCAAUUGUAACUUUUGUUACAAUGUGCCUGGGGAAAACAGAGAGUAUUUAAGAUAUAUACAAAGGAAUGAGAGACACUUCUUGACAGUCGAGACAAGUGCUUUGAGAUAGAUAAACGAUCCAUCCUCCAGGGGCAGCCGCUACACCUAGGCGGCAGGCAACAGGGAGCAGGCCGACCACAGACCUCUACAAGUGUCACGCAUCACCAUGUUCACCAUCAACAAAGUUGCUAUAUUUUGUAAGUAGAGAUCUGUUCGUCACAGCCUGGCUAAAUUACCUCAGUGGAGGGGAGAAGUGAUUGCAAGUAGGCAAGAUUUAAUUCAACCAAUUAUGUUAUUUUAUUGAGUUAAUAAAUGUUACUUUUUCUUUGGGUUAGAAAAGAGAAAGGUGUUUUAUAUGAUUUGGGAGGGGGCAUUACCUCCCCCCCGUACAGUUAUGGAGGUUCGUGCUUUUAUAGGACUAGCUGGGUAUUACAGGUGCCGUGUUUGCAAUUUCGCAGAAAUUGCAAAGCCUUUGACGAAAUUGACUAAGAAAGAUGUUCCCUACGACAGGGGGAUCCGAGCUUUUGCUUUUGCUGAGUUGAAGAAUAUAUUAAGUAGGAAACCUUUAUUGAUAUACCCAAAAUUUGGGCAGCCAUUUAUUGCAGUCUGCGAUGCGUCAACCAAAGUGUUUGGAGCUAUCGUGUCACAAGUUAAACGGAGACAGGGUUGAUUUUCAUGCGAGAUAGAGAUAUUCUACUGACUGGAGACAAGUGGACCUUGGCAGUGAAUGUUGCCUUAGAUGAUUAUGUGAAUUUAAUUGAAGGUGUGAGAUUCAUUUUAGCUCAGAUUCAGAAAAAUAUUGAGUUACAUCAGAGCCCUAGCAAUAAGGCUCUGGAUAUUCAUUGGAAAGAAGUUAACCGAUUGAAUAAAAUCACGGAUGAAUUAGAAACCGAUUUGAUAGGUGUUUCGAAAUUAUUAUCAGAGGAAAUACCGACCAGAAACAGGAAAAAGAUAUACGUCGAACCAGACGAGGAUUAAUUAAUGUAUUUGGAUAUCGAUUAAAAUGUUUAUUUGGAACGGCAGACGCAAGGGACGUGUGACAAUUUGCAGUCUUUCCAGAAGAAGGUGAUUCGUACCGCAGAUCAGCAGAUGACUUAUUUACACACGUUAGAUGAAGCUACUAAAGCAAACGCUAAAGCUCCGUUGGACAUAGCGAAAACAUUGAGAAAUUAGAUCCAAAAUAUUUCGUUAGGAUUGGGAAGAGUCGAAGCAGACUUAACUGAUGUACAAUUCGCAUUUGAUAACCAAACCAAAUAUAGCACAGCUAUACGAGAGAUAGAAUUAUUCAUGAUGGAAAUGAAAUUUAGUUUGAUACAAUUACAUGAGUCAUUGGACUUAGUACUUUGAUGAAUCCAUAUAAUUUAUCGGAGCUAUUGCAGGAAGUGAAUUUGCAUUUAGAAAAGGGCACAUCUAUGCUAACAGGGUUAAACAUAGAGGAUAUGUAUAUAUAUUACGCUGUAGCGAAAGUACACGCAACGGCUGCUUCAAGGAAUAAUAGACUUUUCAUAGAUAUACCGCUGCGGGCCGCAGAUAGAUCCUUUAUGUUAUACGAGACCCACUCCUUGCCCUUCUUCCAUAAGGGAAUUCAGCAAUUUAUGAAGAUAGAUGAACCAUUUGUAUAUUUAGCUGUGACUAAGGACCAACAGUUCUUUACGAUUUUAACUACUGAAAGGUUAGCCAAAUGUACUACUGAUUUCUAUACGAUAUGUCCGUCGAACAUGGUAUUAAGAAAGUCAAACGAAGAGAAUUGUUUGAUCGCAUUAUUCACAGGGAAAACUGAAGUUGCAAUGAAGAAAAGUAGACGAGUACUUUUAAGAGAAUUCGUACCUGUAUGGAUAAGGUCACCUGAUGCUAAAUAUUGGGUAUACAGCAAAGAGAAAUCAACACACAUUACCCUGAAGUGUAGGCCCCUAGGUGGAUCCCCCUUGGACGAGGACGAAACCGCUGAUAUAUGGCUAAAUGGAUACGGUAUUUUACCAAACACCUCGACGUGGUACGCUGAAACCUUUAAGCUGUUACCCCUUUCGUUAGGAAGAAGUGUGGUCGGAUUGAAUAAAACUUACGUUCUUUUACAAAGUAUUGAGACCAUAAUAAAGCCAAAUGAACAAGAAUUGUUGCAGAAUCGAUUAAACUCAUCAGUACAUCUUCAGGAAAUAGACGACGUCGUGAAGGGAAUCAUCGGAAGCAAGGACCGAACCGAGUUGGGUGUCACUCCGGUCCUGGGAAACCUACGUCAGGAAGAACUCACACCUAGUACAACACACAACCCAAAUGGCGGAGAACCAGAGGAAGCAGGAAUGGAGUUGCCUGCAACUGAACGAGAACCUACCCCCUUCGUGUCGUGUCCCGAGGACGGGUCUCGGCAUUCUGAAUUCACGUACGGGACCGGAGUCAAGCCGGCCAUCAGGCUCCAUACAGGUGAAGGCCCACUGGAUGAAGUCGUCCGUAUGACGGUGGCGGUACGCUUCCAAAGACAUCCAGGUCCGGGAACUGCUGGAUGAAGUGGAUGGCUCAGAAGAUUCUGAGCAACGUGGAGUGUUAUUAAUUGGCUGUUGAGCCAUGGUGUUCAGUGGACGAAUUUGAACUCCACUAAUGAACGUUUAAGAGAAAUCUAGUGAUUAUAUGAAAGAUCACAUAUGUAACCGGAAAACCACUAAUGUGAAAUAACUAAUUAGAGUUGUAUAUAUGGAUAUAAAUAACCUGUAUGUAUAGGGAGUGCCAAAAUUUGAUAAUGAGAAAAGGAAAUGAGAAAAUGACCCCAUUUAUUUUCUUAAAUGUGGGGGUGAUGUUAUGAAACGACUUCACCUGACAUAUAUACUAUAUAUUGAUGUUAGGUUAAAGAGAUAAGGAUAUUAAGAAAUAUGUAUUAACUGUAUAUUGGCAAUUAUUAAUCAUUUAAUUAAUCACAUGAGUAUAGAAGCAAACCGUAUGAAGUGUAACCAGACCACAGGAUGUAGGAUGUGGACGGGAAAAACACAGAGUGAGUAAAGCUGGAAUUCAGACCACAUUGACACCCUACAUAGUAGGGCUAACAACGGACGUCGUGGUGAUGAAUAUUCGUAAUGUUACUAAAACUGAAGCUUGGAACGAAUGUCAUGAGGAGGUGAAUCACAUAUCCUGUGACGUCUGUACGGUGUCAAGCAAUCACUUGUUAGUUUAGAAAGCAAAAGACGAUAAAGAAGGAUGAUUGUCCAAUUGUAAAUUUUGUUACAAUGUGCCUGAGGAAAAUAUAGAGUAUUUAAGGGUUAUACAACGGAAAUGGAAGCACUUCUUCUUGAUAGUCAGAAUAACUGCUUCGAGCUAGAUAGACGGUCCAUCCUCCAGGGGGAACCGCUACACUUAGGCGGCAGGCAAUAGGGAGCCGGUUGACCAACAGACCUCUGCACGCACCGAGCACCACCAUGUUCGCCAUCGAGAAAGUUGCUGUAUUCUGUAAGUAGAGAUAGGUUUGUCACAGCCCUGCCAAUUAACCUCAGCAUAGAGACGAAGUGAUUGCGAGCAAACCAGAUUUGCUUAAACUUAUUAUAUUAUGUUAUUGAAUUAAUAAAUGUUACUUUUUUUUACCUAAUU